AUGGCGUCGACACACUCCAAAGCAUGCUGUGAGACCCCGGUCCCGGCCAACGUUGUGGUUUACCAAGCCCAAGGAGAAUACCUUGACAUACUUGGGGAGAAAGUUUAUGUUGUCGGUGACAAGAACGCUGCCCGGGUCAUUGUUUGGGUCUUUGACAUUUUCGGAUACUCACCACAAACACUACGAGGCGCAGAUAUCGUUGCUGCCAGUCUCUCAAGUUCAUCAAAGGGACCUGUAGCAGUCCUUAUUCCGGACUGGUUCGAUGGCACCGUGGCCGACAAAGCCUGGGUACCCCCCGUCACAGACGAGCAGACAGCGAAAUUAGGAAACUUCAUCAAGACAAAAGCCGCCCCUGAGCUUGUUGUUCCCCGGGUGCUCAAGUUCACUGAGGCAUUAAAGCAAAAUCAACAACAGCCUGUACUUCCUAACCUACAGAGUUUUGGCAUAUUCGGAUUCUGCUGGGGAGGCAAGUUGGCAUCAAUAGCCUGCCAGAGGUCUUCGGAUAGUAUCUUCUCGGUGGCUGUUCAGACAUCUCCUUCAAGGGCGGAUCCUGAAGAGGCAGCGAAUAUUUCAGUGCCGAUGGCAUUGCUCCUUUCAAAAGAUGAGGAUUUACCAACAAUGCAAAAGUUCUACGACAACCUUCCUACGUCGGAUAAAUUCAUGGAGAGAUUCGAUAGCCAGAUACAUGGCUGGAUGAGUGGACGAGGAGACCUUUCCGACCCAAGUGUCAGAGUGGAGGUCGAAAGGGGAUAUAAACUGGCGGUGGAAUUUUUUGACAAAUAUCUUUAG